UCCGGAAGUGCUUUGAUGUUGAAGUUGCAGGCGGGGUUUGGUCGCAGCUGCUCCAACAUCAGCGGCGGUGAUUGCGCAGGUGUCCAGGUGAGCCGGACCGGUUUGCGUUUACCCGAGCUGGCUUGCUUCGUCUGCUCCGUGAAGCAGCGCCGCUUCUUCACCAUGUUUGACCUGAAGAAGAGGAGCAGUCUGACCCUCAGAGACUGCCGCGAGACCGAGGAGUUCCGGCGCGUGGCGGUCAGACGGAAAAGCAGCGCGGCGGUGGCGGCAGGUGCAGCCGGUGGAGUGUGUGGCUCCUACAGCUAUGGCGAGCCUCGGGACAAAGCCUGCGACUCUGCAGUGGAACCAAAUGUGGAAGAUGAAAAAAGCCAGCAGACAAAAUCACCGUUUCCACAAGGGUCCCCUAAACCAACUUGCCUGAAAGAUCAAGCUGGUCCUGCAGCAGCAAACCCAAAACCUCUUCAAGUUAACCCCACAAAACCAGAUCAGACCACCAAUGGAGAUCACAGGGUCUGGUUGACCCAUCUCAGUCCAUCUCAAAAUUGCGGAGGCUCACCAAGUCCAGUUCAAGGCCAAAUAAAUGAAUUGGCAGCUUAUAGGGCAAAGAUUAGUCCAGCCAGCAAAGGAAUACCAAAGAUUUCCAGCUGUCCGCUCCUCAGAUCUCCCAGUCCGGGCAAAAGAAGCAUUCAAAGUUGCAGUCCACUGAGGGACGGAGGACACAGCCCUGCCAAGCUGUCCCCAAAGAACCGCAGUCCUUUCAUGGGGAAACUGAGGACGCCCAGCCCUGUUCAGAGGAGCGGCACAAAUGUUUCUCCUAAAUACUCCAAACCCGUUCUAGGACUUAGCAGAACCCCGAACAAAAUGGAGAAACGGAAUAAGAGAGCCCAGAAGUAUGGGAGUGUCCCUGAUCUGACCACUUGUGGGGACAUGGACAGGAUUCCCUGUAUGAUAAUGGAACGCUCCCCUCUAAAGCUGCUGCAGUCCACCACCUGUAAUGGACCAGGCAUCACCAUCGAACCCCCUCCUGACCCUAAACUCAGUCCAACCGCAAAGAGUGACACGGAGCCCUCCCCACCUCGGAUGGACGGGGCCGUGCACAGAAGCGACGGGGCACCAGUAGAGGAGGCGCACGUCGGAAAUGAAACCGAAGAGAAGACGCCCAUAAAGUGCGGCUCCAGGUUUUUCUGUGAAUGGACCAAAAUGACCACAGAACCUGAGACGGAAGAAAACGCCAAGAUGGCGGAAGGUGGAGAACCAAAAGGAGAGGAGGCUGAAAGUAGACUGUACCACAUCGCUAAUGAACUCUUGCAGACAGAGAGGGCUUAUGUGGCUCGACUGCACUUGCUUGAUCGGGUCUUCUGCUUGCAGCUCACAGAAGAAGCAGAAAGAGGCUCGUUUCCUCCAGAAGUCGUCAGAAUGAUCUUCUCCAACAUUUCAUCCAUUUAUUCUUUCCACAGUCAGUUUCUUCUGCCUGACCUGGAGAGCUGCAUCUGCCACUGGCGCGAGGGUCCCGGUCUGGGUAAAGCCCUCCUGCAGCACGCCCCCUUCCUGAGGAUGUACGCCGACUACGUCAGGAACUUUGACGCCGCCAUGGAGCUGCUGAAGACCUGGACUGAGCGUUCCUCCGCCUUCAGGAGCGUCAUCAGCGACGUGCAGAGUCGGGACGUGUGUGGAAACCUCACCCUGCAGCACCACAUGCUGGAACCGGUCCAGAGGGUUCCGCGUUACGAGAUGCUCCUGAAGGACUACCUGAGGAACCUUCCAGAAGACCACCCCGACCUCCACUUUUCUCAGAAAUCCCUGCUGGCCAUUUCCAUGGCGGCGAUCCACUCGAACAGCGCCAUCCAGAAAGCUGAGAGCCUGAAACGACAGCUGGAGAUCUACGAGAUGGUGGGAGAAGAGGAGGUGGUCAACCCGACCAACGAGUUCCUCAAAGAAGGCCGUCUGCUCAAACUCGCUGCCAGGAACACGUUGGCCAUGGAAAGACAUCUGUUCAUGUUCAACAACUUCCUGCUGUGCUGCUACCCGAGGUUCAGCCUGGUGGGGCAGCGCUUCACCGUCCGCUGCAGGAUCGGCGUGGACGGCAUGCGCGUCCAUCAGACCAGCAACGAAGACCACCCGCACACCUUCCAGGUCUCCGGAAAGGAGAGGACUCUGGAGCUGCAGGCCAGCUCUGAGCAGGACCGUGACGAAUGGAUCAAGGUCAUUCAGGACGCCAUAGCAGAGUUCCAGCAGAAACAUGAAACCUUCAGGUUGGCUUCUAAGGAUCUUUGUGUGGAGAAACCGAAAAAGGAGCUUGGCAAGUGUGCGCCUCGUUGGAUCCGGGACAAUGAGGUGAGCCACUGCAUGACCUGCCAGGAGCCGUUCAACGCCCUCACCAGGAGGAGGCAUCACUGCCGAGCCUGUGGCUACGUGGUGUGCUGGAGGUGCUCCGAGAACAAGGUGGCCUUGGAGUACGAUGGGAACAAGCUGAACAAAGUCUGCAAAGCCUGUUUCCCCAUCCUGACUCGCCCAAGAGGAGGAGAGGAAGAGGACAGACUCCUGCCGGAGUUCGGGGAGCGGUCCGGUGAGACCGUCCUGAGUGGUUUCCUGCAGUACGAGGACGCCUCCAUGGUUCUUCAGCAGGCGUGGUGCGUUCUGACCCGGAGUCUUCCUCCAUGCCUUCAGGUGUUUGCAGCUCCACAGGACACGACGCCUCUGCUCGCCGUUCCCCUCCUGGACGCCGUCAUCACCUCAUCUUCUCCAGAACUCUCCAGUCGCCACCUUUUCUGCGUCAAACGCUUCAAAACGCUGCACACUUUCUCCUGCGACAGUCUGGAGGUCAAGCAGAGCUGGACGACUCUGCUGAAAACCACCGCAAUGGGGUGGGCUCAAACCCCCACUGCCUCCAGCCGCUCCACCACAGCACCCAGCUCCGAGGCAGACGGAGAAAUCCCCGAUCCGUGACGUCUGAGGAAGCCGUGAAAAUAGUUCAUUGGAAGCCGGAGGCAGGCGUUGGUGGGACGCUUUAUUUUGAAAUGGUUUACAGUUCAAAUAAAUAAAAUGAAGUUUUUAACAUGUUCUGGAAAUAAAGAUAUUUGCAGUAUAAAACA